AUGAGGCACGAUCUCCUACAUCUUUACUCAUUACCUCUCUUACUAUCAAUAAUAGCUGAAUGUCUAUGUGCAUCGAGCGCAGAAGCGCUCCCUCUCUUGCAAGCCGAAAGGCGCCACCCACUCGAAGGGGAGUGGCGAGAACUGUUGGCACCUUCCACGUCGCAUAAACCAGAUCCUGUCCGUAACACUAAGAUCUCUGUGGGAUCAAAAAAUUCAGGUCAGCUUUGGGUUGGCCCCGGGAGGAGACUACGGCGGCAACGGCCGAGUUCUGCUUCUUUUCCUGCGGCAUUAGCUUCAGCUGUUUCCCUUGCGGUCACUUUGGCUUUUCUGGCUCUGUGUCUGGCCGAACAAAUCAAGAAACGAGGCUCAGGAGUAGAGCCGCGCAGCCUUUCGGACGGCGGUGGUGAUAAGGAGUUGUCAGAUAUUCUUGAAGGGUGUGUUUCACUGGAAGAAGAACUUCGUCUCUAUCGCGGUGCUUCUGGACCUCAAGAGCCGAGUAGAAGGUGGUCUGGGCAGCCUGUUCCGUCGUAUGAACCUGCCGGACUUACUGAUGGGCGGGAUUAUCAGAGCCUUCAUCGAUUGGGGGAAGAGUCACACAGUCAUUCCAAUGGACUCGCCGCGGUGGAAUCAAAUGCGUCUGACAGAGGAGAUGGACGCUGGUGGUUCAACCUGCAUUACGGAAAACAGCGUGAAGAUGCGCCAUCGUGGUAUUCAGAUGAGCGGCCUGCAUGGUCUUUUGUUGGACAGUACGGCGUCGAUGAGACUGGGGGCGAAGGCAUGUUUCGUGGAAUUAUGGUUUCACCGCAUGCCAUGCCGCAGCAACAGGCGCCUCCUAAUGCCAUCUCCUACACCUUGCCAGAUGACGAGACAAGUAUUCCUCUGCUCGAUGCUUUAGCUCCUGAUGCGUGGCUGAUGUAUAUCCCGCAGCUAUUGUUUGAGGACGGAACAGAAGUAAACCCUGAAACGGAAGCGACCAAUCAGUUUCCCGUCGAUGGUUCCGGACCGUCGGCAUCACAACAAUUUCCGCGUGCGUCGCAUUCGAUGCAGCCUUCUGCUGCGUCUCCGGCACCCUUGCAGAGUGACGACAAGUCGGUCGGUUGCAUUCUGCAUGCAGAAGGCAGUAUGAAAGAUAGUUUCAGGGGCCUCACUCCGCACGUUACCCUGAAAAGGCCUUACGAAUUAGUCACAGAGGACCCCAUGCUGCAAGAUACCACCGUGAGGGCAGCCGCUUCUGGCGUUGCGACGGCUGAGCAGACAUCCUCUUCAGUAGUGGUGGUACCCUCUUUGAAGCGUCUACGGGGAACUGAUUGCGGCUCUGAUUCGGGGUCCGCCGUUCUAACAGACACGUUUGCAGCCCGUGGAGAAGACACAGAGGAAGCUCUUCCAGUUGAGCGGGCUGCUGCCUCUACGCAGCACUGCUCGGAAGGAUUCACGGCUGGAACCGGCGAGUUGCCAAAGUCUCGCACAGAAACUAGAGAUAUGCUUAUGCAUCCAUAUUGGAGACUGCCUGUGGUAGAUCCGAAGAAUGUGCGCAGGUCCUUUCGUAGGGAGUUCGCAUUGUCAAUGUACGUCCGUGAAACUACUCCAAUGAAGCUAUACACGGCAAUGCGUGGCUUGUUUCUCAAGCCUGCACUAGACGCUGAAGAUGUGGAGGAGCUGAUAUCUACAGCUGAACGUUUGGCCAGCUACGCAAGAAUCAAGUUAGCAUGGAAACACAUGCGGCCGGCUCCAUUCCACCUUGCCAGAAAGAUAGCCUCGAUAAUUGUUGCACUUGAUUACCUUGUGUGCACGGUCGAGCUGCUUGGGGAGAAAAUGGAUGCCAAAAAUUGGUGGGACCUGUUUGUGCAGCAGCUGUAUCUAGAGAUUCCUGUUAGCAGUGGGAAAUUUGUUGGUAAUGCAUCAGUUGCGCUGAAGAAGAUGGUUCGUCGCUUGAGUGCUGCUCUGAUUAUCUACAAGGCAGGAAAACGCCCCCCACGCGAUGAAGUUAUUGAAUUAAAACGACUCAUAUUUACAAAGUUAAACACUCAUUGUCAGUUUCAGAACCCGUUAUGGGACCUCUGGGUCGAAGAUGACCUCAAGUUUAUGUCGUCUGCCUCCUAG